AUGUGGAUUCUACCUCUUGUCGGCUAUGCCGGAACCCUCAUGGGCUUUUGCUUCCUGACUUUGGCAAUUGCCUCGGGCCUCUACUACCUGUCGGAGCUUGUCGAGGAGCAUAGCGUCAUCGCGAAGCGCUUCUUGACGCGACUGAUCUACUCGAUCAUUGUCAUCCAGCUCAUCCUCUGGCUGGUUGAUGGAUUUCCGUUCGGGGCGACCGUGUUGACCAUUGUGUCGCACGUUAUUUACUUGGGAAAUAUGAGACGCUUCCCCUUUGUCAAGCUCUCUGAUCCCCUCUUCAUCCUCUCGUGUGUUCUCGUGCUCGUCAACCACUACGUCUGGUUCCGACACUUUUCCGAUACACAGGCGCGCGCCUACCAGAGGACCUCGUACUACGACAAGGCCGACGUGCCAAGUUUCGCCCAGAUCGCCUCGUACUUUGGCCUCUGCGUCUGGCUCGUUCCUUUCGCACUCUUUGUCAGUCUGUCGGCAGGUGACAAUGUCCUUCCGACCAUGGGCACUGAGCCCGCCCAUGGAUUCGAUGGGAAGAGCAAGCCUCAGGGCAUGAUCAAGGCUCUUGUUGAUCAGAUUCGUGGGGCAAUUGGUCAGAUCUUUGGAUCUUCUGCAUCUCCAGGACUUGCCAGACCUUAA